AUGGAGCGGAGGCGCCCGCAGAUCGCGCCGUCGCCGCCGGUGUCGCGGCGGAAGGCCGCGGCGGCGGCGAGCCAGGAGUGGCUGGUGGUGCCGGCGGCGGGCGAGCGGCGCGCGGGGGAGUUCGGGAGGCACCGGAUCAUGGAGAUGACGGGGCUCCCGGCCCGCGACCUCCGCAUGCUCGACCCGCUCCUCGCCUACCCGUCCACCAUCCUCGGCCGCGACCGCGCCAUCGUCGUCAACCUCGAGUACGUCAGGGCCAUCGUCACCGCCGCCGAGGUGCUCGUCCGCGACCCCAGCAACCCGCGCCUCCGCCCCUUCCUCCAAGAACUCCACGCCCGCCUCGCGCUCCCGGAUGCGGCUACCACGACUCCGGCAACAACCGACGGCGGUGAUGAUCAGGGCAACGUGCCAAUCUCCGGCAGCGCCAAGAUCCCGCCCUUCGAGUUCAAGGUGCUCGAGGUCUGCCUCGAACACACAUCCAAGUGCAUGGAAACCGAGACGUCGGUCCUCGAGAGCGAGGCGUAUCCGGCCUUGGACGAGCUGACCACCAAGGUUAGCACGAGCAACCUGGACGACGUCAGGCAGAUCAAGAACCGCCUGGUCCAGCUAUCAGGCCGCGUGCAGAAGGUGAGAGAUGAUAUCGAGCACUUGCUAGACGACCACACGGAUAUGUGCGAGAUGUAUCUGACGAGGAAGCUUGCGUUUCAAGGAGUCAACAACGAGUCGUCGGUUAAUGUGGAUUCCAACAAGCAUGCAUUCCCUGAUCAAGAUCAUGAUCAUGAGAAGGAGGAAGAAGACCGUGGCGGUGAUACGGCGAGCUCCCAUGGAAGUUCUGCUUGUGUUAAGCACGUUGAAGAGUUGGAAAUGCUUCUUGAAGCUUACUUCGUGGAGUUCGAUGGCACGCUGAACAAGUUAUGCCAUCUCCGCGACUAUGUGGACAACACUGAAAACUACAUCAACCUGAUGCUGGACAAGAAACAGAACCAACUGCUGCAGAUGGGCGUGAUGCUCACGACGGCGACCGUGGUGGUCACCGCGGGCAUCGUCGUCGUGAGCUUGUUCGGCAUGAACAUCCACAUCGAGCUGAUGGCGGAUCCGGAGACCCCCGAGAUGGCGAGGAUCAAGAACAUGAAGUUCUGGGAGACCACCUGGGGCACCGUCGCCGGCUGCGCCGCCAUAUACCUCUUGGCCAUCUAUGCAGGGAAGAAGAGCAAAUAUUUGCAGUGA